CAUUAAACGGAUUAUAUUUCUCUGAUAUGACUUAAAAAUACGUUCCAGUUGCGAUGAAGAGUAUCAGUUGCUAAUUUGGACUAGUUUCUGUAGAUGUAUUCACCAAAGAGACUGAAGGUGUGCUGUUUUGGGAAUGGUUCAUCUCUCUUCUCUUGCUGUGUAGUCCUCUCCGAAGCCCUCGGUUUAGUUACUAUGGUUCCAGUAAGAGCAUUGGCGACUAUAUACAAUUUUUUUUUUUUUUUUUUAAGAACUUGAAAUAAACGAAAAAUCUAUUCCUAAUCGCUACCCUAAACCUAAACCCUAACCCUAACCAUUGUGCCACCGACACACACAAUGACCGUAACCCUAACCCUAACCACAAUACUCGCCUUAACCCCUAUCCUAACCCUAACGAGAUGUUAACACAUUGUCCAAACAGUAAUAAAAGUGUUAUCUGGGUGAAACUUGCUCCUUAUUUGAUGAAUAGGGUUGAUAUUUCAGCUAUGAUAAUGACAGGAACCGUUAGCCAACGACUAGCAUGCGUUCAAGGUCAUUUGAGCGUUGAAGGUUUUGGGACGCUAUUCUUAAACUUCGCCUCUUAUCCAUCCGUUACAGCUAACUGAAUGAGACAAAAUUUUCAAACUUUAUACUUCUUUGAUUAAGUUACCCAGUAGUAUUCUCCUUCUGCUGGAAUACCUGAUUUCCGUAGUCCAUCUUCUGGUUUAUACGAUAAUCUACAGGAGUUUAAUCUGUCGAAUCCCAUGGAAAUAUUUUCUAUUGAUUACUUCCGCCAUGACCCAGGGCCAUUCUUUGAGAUUGCAAGACGCGUGUAUAAACCGGAAGCAAAGCCCACACUGGCCCAUUAUUUUAUCAGGUUGCUUCAUGAAAAAGGUUUGCUACUGAGACAUUACACGCAGAAUGUUGACAAUUUGGAACGUUUAUCUGGUCUGCCAGAAGAAAAGUUAGUUGAAGCUCAUGGAACAUUUAACACCGGUCACUGUAUUAAAUGCAAAGAGCAAUAUGGUUUUCACUUCAUGUUAGAUGAAAUUAUGGCCAAGAAAACACCUAAGUGUCUCAAGUGUGAAGGCGUUGUCAAACCUGAUGUUGUAUUUUUUGGAGAGAAUAUGCCCAAGGUAUUUUACAAGAAUCUUUCUUCAGAUUUCAGUGAAUGUGAUCUACUUAUCAUCAUGGGCACUUCGUUAACUGUAUUACCGUUCUGUGCUCUUAUUCAUCGUGUUGGUACUAAUGUUCCGAGACUGUAUAUCAAUCGUGAGUUCAGCGAUGGUUCUACUGCUUCUGAUUUGUCUUCACUUAUCAUGAGAUUCAUGGUUGCUGGUUUUAAAAAACAUAACUUGAAGUCUGGCGAGUCCAAUAAUAAACGUGACGUAUUUUGGUCGGGUAACACGGAUGAUGGCGCUAUCAAGCUUUCCGAACUUCUUGGCUGGAAGAAUGAUCUACUAAAGCUAAAGGAAGAAAACGAUGCUCGUAUAACUGCAGAGUUAGGAGCGAGGAAGUCUCAAAAAUGUGCUGCCUUAUCGUAAUCAGCCGAAUAUGAUUGAAAUUCUUUAUUUUGUUCACCUUCAUAUUACUGAUUUUAAGUCCCAUAUGGCAUUCCUUUUUUUCUUUACUCUAUUUUAAACACAGUACUUUUAUUGCUCAAAAUUGCUUUGUUUCAGUUUACGAUGACAGAUUUGUAUCAUGGUUCUUUUUCUCCUCAUUUUGUUACUUAAAAAAAAUAAUAUUUCACAUGUUAAAUGAUUGGAGUUUUAUGGUUUUGCUCUAGGUGGUUUGUUGUUCUUUCAGGGAAGAUUGACUUCAUUCAACCAUUCCCUGUAGAUUAGCCAAUGAACUAAAGACAUGACGCCUGACUUAGGACGUAUCGAGGUUUGAGGUCGUCCUUCACAGAAAUGUACUUUGUCAUCUCACUUUCAGAAUUUUUAAAAUAGAUAUCUAACUUCCUGG